AUGGCAGCAAUACCAGGCAGCCUGCCACCACCGACAAUACUAGAUUUCGUACAGCGAUUCAAUACCCUCCAAACGCACCGCGAUCUUGGCAACCAGCUAAUGAAGGAAAUAUUGUUAUACAGCGAGCACAUAGAGAGUACAUUAAGAGAAGAGAAUAGCCAGCUGGCCAAGGAGCUCGAGGAUGCACAGCUGGACUUGGAGGAUGCGAGGCGCUCGAGGAGGGAGAUGCAGCAGAAGUUGACUAUAGCGACGGCGCGCGCGGCCAGUUUGUUCAACGAAACCCUCAUCAGCCAAGGCCUCGAAGGCGGAAAACAAGCAGCGAAUGCCCUGCGCAACUCGGUCCUCCAAAAUUGCGGCGAUCUCGCCGACGAAAUUGAAGUUAUUGCUAAAGUUUGUGCCAAUAUGUCUGGGUUAGCGAAAGCAAUGAGACGCGAUGGCUCUCUGGCCAAUCCGGACGAUUUAAGAGAUUUUACAUUAGGUUUUACACAAGGAAAGGCGUCGUUUGACUUCAUUGAUGUUGGGCAUGGGAAGGAGAGGGCCGAUUCAAAGAUUAAAGAAUGUAUGCGAUGGCACCUUCGAAAUCACAAUUGCAAACAGAUUCUCCUGGGUAUCUCUCACGACGCAGGAUACGCCCCCUUCCUGGACGAAGUCGUAAGCCAAGAUGAUCGUAAUCGCAUCACCAUUAUCGAAGGGUACCCCACAGUCCGUGAGCUUGCAGCCACAGGUAUUCAAAUCAUGAACUUCAAUGCCCUCUUCCGCAGCGACAAGCUCGUCGACCGUUUAGUCCCCGUUUCCUCCCCAACACCCCCCUCAACCUGGGCAGGGGUAACAUCUAUCGCUCCUCCCCCCAGCUCUUCCAUAUCUCCAGUCAUUAAGAACGGCACGCCCUCGACCACAUCAACCAUAAACAAAAAACCACCCACCGCAAACACAACCACCAUUCCAAAAGUGAAUUGGUCUCCCGAACCCCGCGGUCUCGACCCCCCGAUCACAGUCAAUGCCGUAGUCCUCGAUAAAAUCAAGCGCCGCACCAACAACAACAAGCUCUGCAACAACCAUUACCUCCGCGGCCCCUGCGCCAAAGGAUCAGAAUGUUGCUUCGAGCACGAUUACAAGGCCACGGAUGAGGAUUUGAAGGCUAUUGCUUAUCUCACGAGACUAAAUCCUUGUACCAAGGGCCAGGACUGCGAGCUCGAGUUUUGUAUUUACGGCCACCACUGUCCAUCUGUUGUGAUGCUGAAUGGCGGCAAGGAAGUCGUGUGUCAGGCGUUUGGGUGUCGGUUUGCUCGUGAGGACCAUCCACCCGGAACGGUGAUCAAGCAUCCGAGGAAAGAAAAGUGGGAAAGGGUUGAGUAUUAUCAGUGA